CCUCCAUUAUACCUCUUCCACAGGCAAUUGCUAACCCAUGAUGGUCAUGGGUAACUGCGUAAAAGAAAGGACAAUGCUAUAUAAACCAAAGACUAGUGACGCGGCCAGAAGCCAUCCCUGGGUCUAUAAAACGGCACCAUGAUCCGCCCAAGACUCGCCAGUUAAUCCCAGUCAAACAUUCUUUUGUUAAACAAUAACUCAAAUAUGUUCCUCAAACAACUAUUUCUUCUCUAUUCAGCAGCCUACGCAGCAAGCUGCCCCCCGUUUUCAAACGACCUUGCGUACUACUCGCCCAACUUUCAACAGCCACAACCGCCACAGGUCAAGGCAAGCUUCAAGGCAAGCUUUGUGCAGCAUAAAUGGAAUGCAAACCUUUCCCACAUCACCGCUGGGUAUCUGUACAAUUCGCCGCCGCAGAAGCUCGUGCGUGCGGACGAGGCGUACGAAGGCGGCCUCGCCUCUUCGCUGUUUGACUACAAUAACGUAACCAAAGACGGAUUAGUCGAUAACACUUUGACAUCCGUAUACAAGGAUUUUACAAAGCCGGAUGUAUGGCGUGGCUAUGUUAACUCCAAUUUCCCUCUGAUCCCAGAGUCCUUCUUAACAGAUGCUGGCGCUGUCUUUUCAGGCCUUACUAAGCGACAAUUCAUCCCCGGCCAAGUAGCUUCGUGGAGCAUUCUAUACCAAGGGGUGAUCCCCGUCACUGUCUUUGUGGAUGCUUGUAAUACGGUCGUUGGCUACGAAUACUUCUUUCCAGUCGAGCGGACACACGUCACAACAUCAUUUUUCAAUAUUGACACCGAGUCUGUCAAUAUUUAAAGGGCUGGGAUACUUAAAUAUAGUGAACCGAGCUCUAGAGACGACCUGGUGCGUAGAGACCGCGGUUCAUUGGCAAUGGUACUCUUGGUGCGCUACAAAAAGACUUUUUCAAGGGUUUUCAUAGUUUCUAACUCUUUUUCAAGUACGGCAUUAUCAAUACACUAUUGUGCUACUCAAUUGUCCUUACAAAUUCCAAGAGUAGCAGAUUGAUCUUGAGAUUCUCCAUGGCUUGCUCCUUUAAGCAGAUAGAGAUCAUGAUGUUGCCUUGUGGAGUCUGUGGCAUAAAGUUGACAUCUCCUUCUUUUAUAGCAGGCAAACAGGGCCGUAGGACGUUGAUGGGAUUUCCCAAACCGAGACCAAAGUCAUGGUUGUAGCAGUCCAUCUCGGCCCAUGAUGUGACGUGCACAUCCCGAUCUGGCCAUGUAUAUUUGAAGGUCGGAGAUUCCCAUGUAACGCGGUAGGUCAAAGCCGCAAUGACUCGCAUAAAC